UUUGGAGAAAGAAGGAAGGAAAUAGACAGAGAAGGAACCCGAGUGGAGCCGUGACUUUGCUUUUCCUCUUUUUGUCUCCCCGUUGACCUUGUGGGCUUCUUCAGGAGUUCGGAGGAGAAAGAGAGAAAAAAGCACGGGCGAGAAAAAGGGAGUAGACACCAUUCCUCUCGCUCGGACACCUUUUCCAAGGAGUUGUUACCCACCUUGCCACUCCGGAAGUUGGUAAUUAUGCCUGUCCUACCUACUCCGACCGUUCAUUUUCCCAUCACUCCGACUCCUUUUACAGAACCAACACCCGCAGCAUGGCUCGGAGCAAGGGGGGAUUCUUGGGUUACUCUUACUGUGAGCCGAUCUACAGGCAUCUGUGUGACAGUUAUCCCAUUGGGGGAUGGCGGGGAAAGUAGCGAUAUCGAACCAACAGAUACGGGAACGAUCGAGUCUGCUGAGACUUGCUGCGUCGGCACGCCGGCAGCAGCUACAACUACAACAGCGGUGGCGGCGGCAGCGGCAACGGAAGAUGUCCCUGUCGAAGAGCACUCGAGUGACAAUGGUGCUACCACCGCUCUUAUUAUAAUGGGUGUUAUUCUGGCGGUAUCCCUACUACUUUUCUUUCUGUGGUUCUUCUGUUGCAGGACCCCAAAGCCCCCGCCAAAGAAGAAAUGUCCUAAGCCGAAACGCUGUUCAACUACUGUUUGUUAUGGUCUACCUGGGCCUGAGGGCCCCCAAGGCCCAGUCGGUCCAAGUGGCCCCCCAGGGCAAAAUGGAAGCACAGGACCAAUAGGCCCCGUAGGCCCCAUAGGACCUAUGGGACCACAAGGAUUGGCAGGGCAGGACGGAAACGACGGAGCCCCAGGACCGCCUGGUCCCCCUGGUAAAUCCGGCGCCGACGGGAAAGCCGGUCCGCCCGGCCCACCCGGCCCAUCGGGUCCUCCUGGUCCUCCCGGACCUCCAGGACCACGUGGAUGUCCUGGACCACCGGGAUGUCGAGGCCCUCCUGGGUGCCCAGGACAGCAAGGAUGCUGUGGGCCACCAGGUCGCCCUGGUACUCCAGGAUCUGAUGGUAGAGACGGUAGGGACGGCCGAGAUGGCAGAGAUGGUCGCGAUGGAAGAGAUGGAAGGGACUGUUCGCCAGGAUGCAGGUCUCCCGGGCCUCCCGGACCUCCUGGCCCUGCUGGAGACAUGGGUCCUGCAGGACCCGAAGGACCGCCCGGUGUACCAGGGCCAAUAGGACCACCAGGGCAUGAUGGUCAUGAUGGGGGUCGUGGUCCUACUGGGCCUGUAGGACCUAUUGGCCCCGUCGGUCCUCCGGGACGCGGGCAGCCGGGUCCGCCGGGUCCUCCUGGUCGAGAUGGCCCUGACGGCCCACCCGGUCCUCCGGGAUGUUGCCAGCCUGGUCCUGUAGGCCCUCGAGGUCCACCAGGACCCCCAGGGAUCGGCUUACCCGGUCAAAUGGGCCCUAGAGGACCCCGUGGAUCACCGGGACCAGAAGGUCAAGUAGGUCCCGAAGGACCUGAAGGACCAGAAGGGCCGGAGGGACCACCGGGUGAACCAGGCCGACACGGAGGCCGCGGGCUACGCGGAUUUGAUGGCCAUCAAGGGCCUCCUGGUCCGCGUGGGCAGCGAGGACCUCAGGGACCCCCCGCGACCCUCACGAUCCAUCCAGCACACCACGCACAUCACGCACAUCAUCAGGGUUAUGAGAUGUACGGCUAUUACAACUGCUGUUCCCGCUGCAGGAACAAAUGCGGUGGUCGCUGCGCAGGUAAUUGUGGCAUGCGAAAUUCUUGCGGAGGACAUUGUGGAUGUGACUGUCGAUGCUGUCACUAAGAAACAAUAACUUUCACAUCUAAUAGGUUUCAUCAUCUACUCUUGAUUACACUAUUAUGUUAGUGCUUCUAGGUGGUGGUAUAUCUUUGCUAAUGGUGAAAUAAAUAAGCAGGCGUUGUGGCCUUCGUGCAGCAGCAACAUGGACUUAGGGUGGUCUACGUAUGACAUGUGUAUUUCUCUUACCUUCUCGUUUUAAUUAUGAAUACAUCAUAUGAAAGCCAGUG